AUGACGCUCUCGAACGCUCUCUCUGGCUCCCCAGCUCCGGUGCCGUCUCCUUUCCCUUCCGACCAGCCACCGGACAAGGGUCUUGCUACCGAACCGAAUAUCUUGCCUACCUCUUUUUUGACAACACCCCCAAACGGCUCCCCGGCUGACAUGCUUGUCGAUCAGAACGACCCCUCCGGCCUGCCCUCCUCUCAGACAAGCAAAGACUCCCCGACCAUCACCGGCGAACAAGCGAAUGGACCCCAACCACGGUUUUCCUACGCCGGGGUUGUUUCGGGUUGGAAGACGCCUACCCAACCUCAGCUGCUGCUCAAUCAGUGGACCCCAGUUGGAGAAAAGGACCUGAUCCCAGGUGAAAGAAACGGGGAACCUGCCCUGAGUGUGUCCUCCAGCUUCAAAACCAAGAUAUGUGCCCCGUGGCAGCGGGCUCUGGUGGUCCGGCUGCUAGGGACCAAAAUCGGCCUCUCCACUCUCUAUUCGCGCCUUCGAAGCCUCUGGCGUCCUACUGGCCAAUUGGAAGUCCUGGAUCUUGACCACGACUGCUUCUUGGUUAAGCUCGGAAACGAGCAGGACUACUUUCGCGCGCUGACGGAUGGACCAUGGGUCAUCUUUGAUCAUUACCUAGUCGUCCAGCAAUGGACACCAAAUUUCAAGGUCUCGGAUCCCCUCCCCAAAACCAUGAUUUGUGGGUUCAGCUCCCUGCCCUGA